GUAUACAGAUUGAAACAACGAUGAGCACAGAGGUGAUUCAGUGGACAGUCCAAGAUGUGGCUGAUUGGUUGACUGCAAACUGUUUCCAGGAUUUCGUCCCUACAUUACAAGACAGGAAACCACAGCAAUCACAUGAGACCUGCCUUUCAGACUGGUUGAACAGAGGCUACACACACUAGAGAAACAAAGCAUUGAAAAAGGGAGAAAUGAGAGGCUUUUGCUGUGUUGUUCUUUGGAUAUUUCCAAUCUUUUCUUCGACAAUAGCACCUACAAAACGUGAGUUUUGUUAUAUGGUUCCAGCGAACUGUCAGACAGAACAGAAUGUUCCAUUGUGUAUUGAAGAGAAAAUGAAAAACUGUGAGAAAGAAAAAGGUCGAGUGUUUUUACCAAAAUAUUUCUCAACCCGAAUUUCCUCAGAGGAAACAGUUGAUACAGAGAGAGGAUAUAAAAUCCACAUCUCAGGCGAGGCAUUACAGAGAAGCAGAAAUGGACAGGGGGAUCCAAAUUUAUUUGUCUCUCUUCUCAAUGAGACUUUCUUCAGGGUCAACAGCAGUUUAAACACCAAGACACAGAAGGGAAAUGACUCAAGUAAGCCAGACACAAUAUUGCACGGGCAAACUGUGUUAGGAGUGUGGCUUGGUAAGAAUGAAGUUCAGAACCUUUCUCAGCCUGUUCAGAUCAGAUUCAUAGACACCAAACAGAGUCAAAAUGGAACCUGUGUCUACUGGCAUCUUCAAGACAAUGGCAAAGGUAACUGGAGGACAGACGGCUGUAAUACUACCAUCGACAACGGAGACUUUGUAUGCAGCUGUAAUCAUCUGAGCUUUUUUGCAGUGCUCAUUAAUCCUGAAAUUCCUUCAGCGUCCCAUAUUGACGCUCUCAACUACAUUUCAUAUGUUGGCUCUGCCAUUUCAAUAGCAUUUACAGCGCUAAUGAUUGCUAUUUUUUUGUGCCAGAGGAGGAAGCAAUGUGAACAUUCAGUCAUCAUUCAUGUGCAGCUCUCAGGCUCCCUUCUCUUGUUGCACAUCUCGUUUUUGUGCAGCGUGUGGUUUUCAGGCCACACAGACCUUUCAGUGUGUCAAGCUCUAGGACUUCUUCUACACUGGUGUCUUUUAGCCACCUUCACUUGGACAGCCAUCGAGGGCUUCCACAUUUACCUGCUGGUGGUGCGGGUCUUCAAUAUCUACAUCAAGAGAUACAUGCUUAAACUAAGUCUUGUGGGAUGGGGUGUACCCACCAUUACGGUGAUAAUAUGCGGUGUGACUAAAGUGUAUGGCAGAUAUACCUUUUACAUGGGUGAAGAAAACUCAACAAUCACACCUCUAUGCUGGAUAAGCACACAGAUAGUGAGCUACAUUACAGUCAACGGUUAUCUCGGGCUGGUGAUGCUCUUUAACAUGGUUAUACUGGGGGUGGUGCUGGUUAAGAUGCACAAGGUGAGAUCCCAAACUCUUCAGAUUAAAGACCAUCGGAGGAGGGCAUGGAAGGAAUGGGUGUCUCUCCUGGGGCUCAGCUGUGUUCUGGGGGUGCCCUGGGUACUGGCUUUCUCCACCUACGGCCCCUUGAGUCUCCCUGCGCUCUAUGUCUUCACCAUUCUCAACAGUUUACAGGGUCUCCUUAUUUUCUUGUGGUUUUUGACUCUCACAUGUCAAACACGGAAGGUGGACUACAGCUCAUCAAAAGGCACCAUUCAGGUCAGCUUCAACAGUAAUGAUGAAAUUGUGACCACAAGAUAACCAACAGUUGUUCAGUCCCAUCACACAGUGGAGUUUAAAGGUGGAUCCUCCAUUCUACACCAAAUCUUCACUCUAGUGCUUUUUUUAUUUUACUCAUUUGGAGCUUUGUGAUUUUCUAAUUGGGGUCUGCAGAGCCCCUGGGGACUGCAAUGUAAUCUGCAUACAGUAUUAUUGGGUGGAAAUAUUUAUUUCUAAAUGUGUUGAUCUGUACGUUGUAAUUAAAACUAAUCAUAUUUAGUGUAAUGAUAAAAGUAAAUACAUUUAUUUAGUUAACAAUUUUUGUAAUUUUUUUUUUAUUACACAUAUACAGUAAAUGGAGCUUUAUACAAUAUAUUGCUUAAUAUUUUUGGAAGUUUGCCAUAUCUGGGAGUGUUUGCUGUUAAACGAAAGCCUCUGUUCAAUUAAAGUAUAACUUUAAUGAUAUAUAAGUCAACCUGUUUGGGAUCAC